GCCCAGCUCAUUCGACCGCCGCUACCUCCGAUUCCUUGUGAUUCUCGCUUGAAUCACGAUUCGCAAGUCUAUCCCUACCCUCAUCACCCCGCGAUUUUUCCUGCAGAGGACCUCUUACUCCCUCACUCAACCAUUUUUCUCUUGUUUACCAACGAAGAAAACAUUUGCGCCGUUACAAUACCUAGAUUCCCUUCUACCUAAUACUCCUCAUUCCUUGCGACCAUGGUCGUCGAUACCGCAUACUACGACACUCUUGGUGUUCAGCCCACCGCCACAGACAUCGAGAUCAAGAAGGCCUACCGAAAGCUUGCCAUCGUUCACCACCCGGACAAGAACCCCAACGACCCCUCCGCUCACGAAAAGUUCCAAGAAAUUGGCGAAGCCUACCAAGUCCUCUCCGACAAGGACCUCCGAGCAGCCUACGACAAGUAUGGAAAGGACAGCGCGAAGCCUUCCGAGGGCUUUGCCGACCCGGCCGAGUUCUUCAGCUCCAUCUUUGGCGGCGAUGCCUUUGUCGACUGGAUCGGUGAGAUUAGUCUGAUGAAGGAUCUGACGGCCACGAUGGACAUCACCAUGCAGGAGGGCGAGGAGGGUGCCGAGGGCGCCGAAGCUGCCGACGGCGAGUUCCCCGGCACCGAGGAAGCCAAGAAGGAGAGCAUGAAGGCUGGAGACGCAGAGAAGGCUGGCGCUGCCGCCAGUGCUGCCGCUGCUCCUCCGCCGACCGUCGUCGUUGAAGAUGAGAAGGAGGCUCACAAGGCAGCCGACCCUAACGCUGCUAGCACCGCUACCGCGCCUCCUCCCCCAUACGCCGCUGAGGCCAGAACACCGUCACCGAGCCCGUCCGGCACCUCGGGUACCGCAAAGCGCACUCAGAUCCCCCUCCGGCCUGCGCUUAUGGACAGGCCCUCGGACGAAGUCGCCGGCCAGCCCGAGUCGGAGGAGUCGCUGCGGAAGAAGGAGAAGAAGAAGGGCAGCUUGACCAAGGAGCAGCGCGAUCAGCUCGCCGCCUACGACAAGGAGCGCGCCCGCGUUCGCCAGGAGCGUGUCGACACCCUCGCCCGCAAGCUCCUCGACAGAAUAAGCGUGUGGACCGAGACCGACAAGGGCGCUGACGUCACCAAGGCGUUCCAAGAAAAGACUCGUCUCGAGGUCGAGAACAUGAAGAUGGAGUCUUUCGGUCUGGAUAUCCUCCACGCCAUUGGCCAGACGUACUUGGCCAAGGCCACCGGUCUGCUGCGGAGUCAGAAGUUCCUCGGUAUUGGCGGUUUCUUCAGCCGCGUCAAGGACAAGGGCACGAUCGUGAAGGAGACUUGGAACACCAUCAGCUCAGCCAUCGACGCACAGCAGACCAUUGAGGAGAUGGCGCGUAUGGAGGAGAAGGGCGGCGAGGAGUGGUCCGAGGAUCGCAAGGCCGAGUACGAGCGCCGCGUCACAGGCAAGAUCCUCACUGCCGCAUGGCGCGGCUCCAAGUUUGAGAUUCAGAGUGUGCUGCGUGAGGUGUGCGACUCUGUCCUCAACGACAAGAAGAUCCCCUUGGCCAAGAGACUGGAGCGCGCCGAGGCACUGGUCAUCAUCGGUGACAUCUUCUCCAAGGCCGCGAGAUCCCCCGAGGAGGAAGGCGACUACCUCGUCUUCGAGCAGCUCGUCGCCGAGGCAGCCAUCAAGAAGGACAAGGAGUCCAAAAAGAAGGGCAAGAAGCACCCGUCAGCGGACGUCGCUGAGGAUGCGCCCAACGUCCCCAAGCCCGAGAAGGCAUAAAGUGCUUCGCGGGGGGGAAAAAGAGGGACAGAGUGCGCACGAGAUACCACAACCGUUUGAAACUUCGAUUCUUCUUCGGGGGCUUAGCUUACCUACCUUUACCUGAUUGUUACAAACUCUGGGCUACUUGAGCGAAUAGACGGGACGUUUGGGCGAGGCUACUACUUGACGGUUGUUUGUUGGAGUUGGCUUCCCCACUCACCAUUCAGCAUGGGUGACUGAUAUUAUCAGCGAAUACAAAGUAUACUUUUAUGAUGG